ACCUUGCCCGGCCGGAUUCAAAGUUUCAAACAGGAGCCGACUAUUCUUUGUGAGACCAAAGACAAUCGUAUCACCAUCACACUCCUCGGGUGCAUACCGGGGACCACCUGUAAGAGAUGUUUUUUCCUCGUGCGAGCUCCCAUCAAAUCAAAGUCAGUCAAGCGUGUCAAACCAGUCACAAACUACACACGUCAACAAAAAAAUGUCACGGACCAAGCGAAACUCCUCUAGAAGUACUACGUACGUCGGACACUUGACUUGACCCGCCCGAUCGAGAGCCCGCCCCACUUAUAAGACCAACUCGCCAAGAAUCAUUCCAAGGAUCCAUUUCAGAGAAGAAAACUCGCCAAGAAUCAUGCGGGGCUUUCAUACUGCCGAUCUCUACGGAACAAAGUCGUAGGCACGCCGUGGAGCUCAGCUCACCCUCCUCCCUCGAUGGCGACCGCCGCUUCGUCGAGCAGAGUCGCCGCGGCGGCGGACCACCCGGAGGACAAGAACGAUCCGGCGAGGCCCUUGGCCGUCCCUCACCCGUACGCCCACCACCUGGCCGCCAGCGACGUCGACGAGGCGGCGCAGACGGCGACGGGGUGGCGCUCCACGCAGUACCUCCGGAGGAAGCGCCGGUGCCUGCUCUGCUGCGGCGGCUGCUGCGUGGCCACCGUGGUCGUCGUCGGCAUCCUCGUCCUCGUGCUCGCGCUCACCGCGUUCAAGGUCAAGGACCCGCGCCUCACCAUGAACGGCGUCUCCCUCACCGCCGGCCCCAGCGCCGCCAACGCCACGCUCACCGCCGACGUCUCGGUCGAGAACCCCAACGUCGCGUCGUUCCGGUUCUCGCCGAGCGCCACGGAGGUGUACCUCGGCGGGCGCACGGUCAGCGUGGCGUACGUGCCCGGCGGCCGCGUCGGCGGCCACGGGGCAGCGCGCAUGAACGUGACGGUCGAUAUCCUCGGCGACCGGCUGGCGCGGGCGCUCAACGGCACGGGCCUGGUGCUCGGCCAGGAGUACAGCCUGACGACGUACACGGAGAUGGACGGCGAGGUGAAGGUGCUGGGGGUCUACAGGAAGGAGCUCGAGAUCAGGAUGAACUGCUCCAUCACCGUGGAGGUGGGCGGCGCCGCCAGCGUGCUCGUGCCCGGGGCCGGGACUCCGGCCGGCGUGCACGGCAAGGGCGUGACCUGCGUCGCACAUGUGAGCUGAUUAGAUAGAUAGGUGCCUUGCUAUUUAGAUGAUGGUUUUCGAGGAUGAUACUUCCAUUUCAGCUUCUUUUGAAUUACUACUACGUCGCAUGUACUCCUAGUAGGUUCUAGUCAUCCUGUAAGUAUGUUCUUCCGUCUCGUUCUCAUGGUUCAAAAAAAGCACAAAUUUUGCUCUUGUUACACUGUAUGACAAUGACCUGAACGCGCUAGGAUGUAACAAUUCUGCAAUCAUAUAUUCCCUUGGUACCUAAA